UUCNGCCAUCCAUAGCCCUAUCAAUUGUCACCGAUAUGUCCAUCACAUCAAGCAUUUUAAUCAUUGGUUCCGUUGUAACCGUUUAUACCUCAUUGGGUGGUCUAAAGGGUGUCAUAUGGACCGACUUCUUCCAGUUCUCUGUAAUGAUGUUCGGACUAAUGGCUGUCGUUAUCAGAGGCGCAAACAUAUCGGGAGGAAUGGCCAACGUUUUCGAGAGGGCUCACGCGGGCGGACGUAUCGAGUUCUGGAACAUGGACUUUGACAUCUAUUCAACAAAUUCAUUUUGGAUCAUAAUACUUGGCUGGACAGUGAUAUACGCGGGCACUUUCAGCACCAAUCAAAUGCAAAUACAACGAAUCAUAUGUAUGCCAAGUCUCGGCGCCGCUAAGAAAGCCCUGUAUUUCGCGACACCCGGUUAUGUACUCGUGAUUAUACUGUGUCUGACAACCGGUGUUAUGAUGUUUGCUAGAUAUUACGACUGCUGUCCACUUCUGACGGGUCGUGUCAAAAGACCGGAUCAAUUGUUGCCGUAUUUCGUACUCGACAUCUUCGAAGACGACUAUCCGGGUAUUCCGGGCGCGUUCGUGGGUCUGGUGUUUGGCAGCUCUUUGAGUACUUUAUCGUCGGGUAUAAACGCCAUGGCGUCCAUUGUUUGGGACGAUUACGCCCGCAAACUGUUCCACUUCUUGCCCGACCGCUAUAGCAUAUACGCCACUAAACUGUUGGCCAUUUUGAUUGGCGUUUUGUCCAUAAGUAUGGCAUUCGUGGCAAAGGAGAGCAAAAACAUAGUGGAGGCGGCGGUUAUGCUCUACGGCGGGUCCGCCGGACCCCUCUUAGGUCUAUUCUCUUUGGGUCUAUUCAUUCCGUGGGCUAACGCUAUCGGAGGGGCCGCCGCUCUGAUUCUCGGACAAGUCGUAUGCUUUUGGAUAACAAUCGGUUCGGUGGCCGACAAAAGAGAUCCGGCGACUAUGGGUUUGGCGCUGACAACUGUGGGCUGCGAAGCGCUCAACAUAUCCAACCCCUAUAAUAUUCCGGGCGCGCCCCUGGCUUUCAUGCAGACAUAUAAAAUACCUCGUUAUCAUCCAAAAGUCCAUCACAUCUCUCCAUUCUUCGUGCCGUUCAUCGGUUUCUUUGUGGCACUUAUUGUGGGAAAUAUCGUAAGUUUGGCGACAAAAGGCAAUAAAGGGCGGCGUUUAGACAAAAACCUGAUUAACAUCACUGCCUGUUAUUAUUUGGAGAAACUGUUGCCCGAGAGUUGGCGUCAGUUGCAGAACGACAAACCUGGCCGUCAAUCCAGAGAUGACACAAUUAAUGGCCAAUCGGUGGGCAAACCGAUGGUCGCGAUGCGGGAAAUGGGCCGUCGAUUAGACGGCGCCGAUGGCGACGAAGACAUCGCUCACGAAGACGACCAAUCGAUGGCCAACCCGUUGCGAAACGACAACUUUUACCCCCGAUCUGUAUCACCGAUGGCUCGCACACAUGUAUAA